AUGGAGAGCUGGCACGGGCCUUGUUGGUCUUCUUUGUUGCGGCAUUCGGGAUGUUGGACGAUCGACGUUGCGCCACGAUCGAGCGCAACGCGCCACGAUCGAGUGCUGCCAGGAAGCUCUUCAUGUUUUGGCAGUUCUGUCACCACGACCUGCAGGACGCUUGGCGCCGGGGGGGACGCUGCGCGGCCGAAGCAAGAAAGGUGCUAUAGCAGCAUCGGUGCCUUGCUCACAUGGGAACUACAGCCGUGGCUGAGAGCACAGUUCUUGGCUCCCCACUUGAAGGUGAUCCUGGAGAUUUUCUCCACGCGACGCUUGCUGAUUCUUCACCAAGCCUCGCUGCGGCGAACACCGCGAGAGACCUACGACCACGCGGCACGCUGGCUGGGAGCGCGCAGCGGCUUCAGCGCCGCGUACCGCUUCCGGCGCAGGCAAUAUCGCUUGGGCCACCGCACUGACUUGUGCCACAACGUUUCGCUUCAAGAAGCACUGAAGCGGCGCCUGGUGUUGGAGUACGGAACCUUCCUUUGGGCGAUCUCCCUGCAGGCGGGCGCUGGCUUCCCGCAGCGCGAGGCGCAGGCGGAGCUUGAGGAGCACAGGUCCAGGUGCGAUGAUCCAGAGGACCGAGGAAAAAGGAAAGGUCAAAGGAGUCAAAGGGACCGGAAGGAGUGGAUUUAA